CUUCCUCGUUCCCAAAGUAUACCGGGUUCUCAUAUAUGCCUCCGGCCUGCAUUGCUAAAUGUACAACAGUGGGCAUCGGAUGCUUGAAUUUACAUAAAGUAGCAUCAGAAUCUCUUCAUCUUGCACAAGAGCCGUUAUUUCAAGAAUUCUCAGACAGGUCCUAUCAAGGUAAACCCUCUACCCUUUGACAUACCAGAGCAGAAGUCUAAACAUGAAAAGGUCGAUACCAACUAUUCUAUUUGCCUCCACUAUUGUUCUUAGAACAAUGGCAGUAGACCGCUAUGCCCCCGUCCUUGAUUCAUGUCCGGAAGGUCCGCUAAUUAGAGAAGCGUUUUCACUCUCUAAGGAAGAGCAAAUAUGGGUAGCGGAGCGAAAUCAAGCCACCAAUGCUGCAUUAGUAAGGUUCUUGGGUCAAUCAAACUUAGAAAACCUUGACACCCAUACACUCAUCUAUGAUUCAAACACCUCCGAUAUAAAAAUAGGGCUCGCAUUUUCUGGAGGUGGGUACCGAGCCAUGCUAACCGGAGCCGGCUGUCUUACCGCACUCGAUGAAAGAUACGAGGAAGCCAUGGAGCACGGACUAGGGGGAAUUUUACAAUCGUCCACCUAUAUCAGUGGGUUAUCGGGUGGUAGUUGGUUACUAGGUGCAAUAUUUCUCGGCAGGGAUGCACCGAAUAUGAGAGCAAUGACAGAUCUUUGGAACUUUGAAGAAUCCAUCUUAUUACCCUACGGCUACUCCGAUCUUUCCAAAAAUACGCAAUACUGGAAGGCUAUAUCACAAGAUAUCGAGGCGAAGAAAAAUGCUGGAUUCCCAGUAUCAAUUACCGAUGCUUGGGGUAGGGCCCUCUUCCUACAAUUGCUGCAACAAAAGUCUGGUGAUUUGAGCCAGCACGAGUAUCGGCUCUUUUCGAGCUUAAGACGCCAUGGUUUAUUCGAGAGUUUUGCAAUGCCCUUCCCUAUUAUAACCUCUGUUGAAAUAUCACCGAACACGGGAAGCUAUACAAAUUUUGAGUUUAACCCGUUUGAGAUGGGAUCGUGGAGCUCUUUACUAAACGCUUUUGUAGCUCUCCCAUAUCUUGGAUCUAGCCUCACCAACGGGGUUCCGGUCUUCGACGACCUCUGCACACAGCAAUUUGAUGAUUUUGGGUUUAUUAUGGGAACUUCCUCUUCUGUUUUUAACACCGCAUUCCUGAAACUCCCAAGUGUCUUGGAAAAGCUUGGUAAAGAACCAAAGAAAUGGUGGCAGAUCAAAUCGCAUCUACGCGACGCGUUGGGUUUUCCCAACCGAAAAUAUGAGAAGAUGAAAAGUGACCUAACAAGUGAGGUCAGACGACUCCUCGAGAAGAUAGAGGGGUCGGAGCAGUGGUUAGCAAUCUACCCCAAUUCGUUCUUCCAAACCGAUUUCGGUGUUUCAGAGGAGAUACUUGGGAGCAAAAAGCUAUUGCUAGCGGAUGGCAGUGAGGGAGGACAGAACAUUCCCCUAGCUCCUUUGAUAUACCCUAAACGACAAGUGGAUGUAGUUUUUGCGUUUGAUAGUUCUUCAAACACUAAAGAGCGUUGGCCCUCCGGAAAAGCCCUAAUUCAAACAUACGAAAGCCAAUUUAUGGUACCACCCACAAAUACGUAUUUUCCCCAUAUACCUGAUGCCAAUACGUUCAGUGCUUUGAAUUUCACCCGCCGACCGACUUUCUUUGGUUGUUACGGUGAUAGCUUGUCUGACUUGAUUGACAAAGUACUGGGACAGCUUCCUCCUUUGGUGAUUUACGUUCCGAAUAGCCCCAUCUCCUACUUAUCAAACACGUCUACGUUCAAGUUGGAAUACUCCGCCGAAACCAAGCGGAGAAUGUUAGAUAACGGGUUUGACGUGGCUUCCCGAAAUCGGUUGCUGAUAGACCCAGAAUGGCGGGCGUGUGUGGCCUGUGCUGUAAUCAGGAGAAAGCAAGAGCGGGACGGGGUCGCGGCGUCUGAACAAUGUACAAGGUGUUUUGAAAGUUAUUGUUGGUCAGGAGAGAUUAUCGAAAAGGGCGUCAGAACGAAGGAUCUGGGAGCAAGAAGAAACUUCUCAGGUGGGCUGUACACGGGGUUGGCACUCGAGAAGAGGGAAAAUUAAGACAUAUUCGCGUUUAUUGCUAUUCCACUUUGCAUAACAUCAGGCUGACGAUAAUUUGAACCUCCUCUCCCCUUGUAUAUACCCCAAUUGCCCGGUAUUACAAUACGGAGACCGAUAUCACCGUAGCUAACACCCGUGUGUACCUUCUUCUUUCUUAACCUAUUAUACUGUGUUGUUCCAACCACUUAGAUUAGGCUUUUUUUUUAAAAAAAAACCAGCAUGUCACUACAAGCUUUGUCUAAGGCAUUGUUGGUUCUAGGCCACAGGAAAAUAG